CAUGCAAUCCUACCAGAGGACAGGAAACCAAACUAUGAAGCUUUAGAGAACACCAGCUGCCUCACCAUAUUUAUUUUGGGGCAUUUUGUCCAGAGUUUUCAACUCAGCUCUGACUUUCAGGGAGUCGCUUUUGUGCAGACAAGCUGCGAGCGUCCAUGUGGAUGCGAGGAAAAGUUUUAUACCUCGUUUUUUAAAAAGAAAAAGCACAACGGAGUAGCAUCGAGUGGUUUUGUUGUUCGGGACGGCCGGACUUGUGUAGAAAUUAAGUUUGCUGAAGUUUUUUUCCCGGGGCAGUCUGCAGAUAGAAUGCUGCCCCAGCUCCUCACCCUGGCCUGUGGUCUCUGCUGCUUUGGUUUUACCUCCGUCACUGCAGAUGUACUAAAAGCUGAUGGUUGGCUGCAGCAGUAUGGCUACCUGCCUCCAGGUGAUGUCAGAACUCAGGCCCUCCGCUCACCAAAGUCCAUUCAAACAGCGAUAUCAGCCAUGCAGAGGUUUUACGGUUUGACUGUCACCGGCUCCAUCGACUCCAACACGUUAGAGGCGAUGAGCCGGCCGCGGUGUGGCGUCCCAGACAAGUUUGGCCCGGAGCUGAAAACCAACCUGAGGAGGAAGAGAUACGCUGUGCAGGGUCUGAAGUGGGACAAGUCAGAGGUGACCUUCAGCAUACAGAACUACACCCCUAAGAUCGGAGAGCAGGCCACAUACGAGGCCAUCAGAAGGGCCUUCAAAGUUUGGGAGAGCGCGAUCCCGCUCACCUUCAGGGAGAUCCCCUACAGCCGCAUCGCAGGCAAGGUCGACAAGUACGCAGACAUCAUGCUCUCGUUCUCGGAGGGUUUCCACGGCGACAGCACACCGUUUGAUGGUGAGGGCGGUUUCCUGGCCCACGCGUACUUCCCCGGACACGGCAUCGGCGGAGACACGCACUUUGACCUCGCCGAGCCCUGGACCACCGGCAACACGGACCAGGGGGGCAAUGAUGUUUUCCUGGUUGCGGUCCAUGAGCUGGGUCACGCUCUGGGUCUGGAGCACUCCAACGACCCCUCUGCCAUCAUGGCCCCCUUCUACCAGUGGUUUGAGACCGAAAACUUCCAGCUCCCGCACGACGACCGCAGAGGCAUCCAGGCAAUCUACGGGACCAAGUCUGGCGCUCCCCCUCCUCCCCCACCUCCCCCUCGACCCACAAUGCCGUCCACCCCUGACAAUGGCCCUGACAUCUGCGAGGGACACUUUGACACCAUCGCUAUCCUCAGAGGGGAGAGGUUUGUGUUUAAGGACAAGUGGUUUUGGCGUGUGCGUAACAACAAGGUGUUGCCAGGCUACCCGAUGACCAUCAGUCACUUCUGGAAGGGCCUUCCUUCAAACAUCAACGCCGCCUACGAGAGGGAUGAUGGGAAAUUCGUCUUCUUCAAGGGUGACAAGUACUGGGUUUUCAAAGAGAACAGCAUGGAAAAGGACUCCCCAAAGAGUCUGAAAGACCUGGGCACCGGUCUACCCAAAGAUAAGAUCGACGCUGCUCUCUUCUACACGCCAACAGGACAGACGUACUUCUUCAGAGGCAGCAAAUAUUACCGUUUCAACGAGCAGACUCGCACCGUGGACAGCGGUUAUCCGAAGCCCAUCAGCAUGUGGAGCGGUGCGCCGGAAAACAUCAAAGCAGCCAUCAUGAGUGAAGAUGGAUCCUACACUUACUUCUACAAAGCCAACAAAUACUGGAAGUUCAACAACCAGUACAUGAAGGUGGAGUCCGGCUACCCCAAGUCUGUGCUCAGCGACUGGAUGGGCUGCGAGGGCGAGGAGCCCAAGAAGGGUCGGGAGGAGGUGACCAUCAUCGAGGUGGACGGAUCGCAGCGCGGCGCCGGGCCGGUCGCCGUGGUGAUCCCCCUCCUCCUACUGGUGCUGGUCGUGGUCACUCUGGGAGCGCUUUUGUUCUUCAGGAAGUACGGCACGCCCCGACGCCUCCUCUACUGCCAGAGAUCCCUCCUGGACAAGGUGUAGACGGAGCGACGGGGGUGAUUGACAGACUGCCACAGAGGGACAGAGAGAGAGAGAGAGAGAGAGAGAGAGAGAGAGAGAGAGAGAGAGGGCCGGGUGAAGGUGGAAACUGAGAGGAGGAAAGAAAUGGAAGAGGAGAAAAAAAUGGAGGAUUAGGAGGGGGACAAUGUGUUUAAUGUUGGGUGGUUUGUAUCUGCCACAACGAGAGAAUUAAAAAGAAAAGGCCCUAGAAACUGAAUUCAGGAAAAUGUGUAUUUUGUAUGUUAACUAUUUACAUGUACUCUGUGCUCUGUGUUCAGAGAUUAACAACGUACCCACAAUCUCACAUAGAGGAGUGAAAUAUACAAAAAGAGACUCAUCAAACGACUUCCCUCCCGCCUCUCCUCUCUCACAUCCCAGGUAUUAAAAAAAGAAAACUUCCCUCCUUCCUUCCAUUACCUUUAACUGGACGACUCCAGCUGAACUGCUGUCUGAUUCAUGUCUAAGAUUGAGAUCCGUGUUUCACUUUUGGGUUCUACUCAGAUAUUCAUCACUUCUGUUAAGAGUUUUUGACUCUGAAAUACAUUUGCUGUUUGUUUUUUUGGGGCAGUUUGAAAUUAAUUUCAACGUGACAUUUGUCCUCUUGAAUCCAUCGUUUUGGCAAAGUUUGGAUAUUGGGCAAUGCAGUAUUUCUUAAAAUAUUUUAUUUUACCACUAAGUAGGGCUGGGUAUCGCACCUCAUACUUUUCUAGUACUGCUUAAAAUUUGUCAACUGCACAAAGUAUUACAAUCUGUCAAGUUGUCAUUAAAUUUAUGGUCAGAUACGUAACCUUGUUUACUUAAUUUUCAUCAAAUAUUUUCAGAUUUUAUACAAAAUUCUGCCAAUUUUGACCAUUUUAUUAAGAACUUCUUGUUAAUGGAAAAAUGCUCAUAUUUCUCAAAGUAAGGUUCUGGAAAAAAUAUUGUUUUGAUAUUUGUUAUCAAUAUCGUAUCCACACUAGCAUUAAAAAUGAUCAAAUCUAUACCUAGCCCUACUGCUAAUAUGAUUAUUUUCCAUCUGCUAAACUCUUAACUUGACCAUAUUCAGUUUCAGUUAUUAUUGCCUGCUUUGUGUUUGAUGGAGCUGAGUACAACAGCACGUACCCUUUGAACAGUGUCAGUAUUGUUUGAUGCAGACUUUUGAACAUGCAUACUUAGGAUUUGUUAUAAGUAUUUGUUUUUCCAAGAUUACGUCUACCAAAAUACCUUGAUGCUGCUGGAGGCUCUAAAAGACAAAGAUGGUACAAAACUAGAAUCCUUUUUUUAACUCUUCUCUCAGUGUAAGCAGUCAGACGGGAAAAAUAUUUUUCUUACAAAAAACGUUUUAUUUCAGUUCUCAAACAUUCCAGUACAUUUGUUGUCGACCAAUAAGGAGCAGAGCUGCUUGUCCAAAAAUGUGUCAGUAAGCGGUACAGUUUCCAACAAUAUGGUGCAAUUUUUUUAAUUAUUAUCGUUGUUAUGGGAAAUUGUUGUUAUUAUAAGUAUGGUUAUUGUUAUUAUUGUUCUCCUGGUAAAGUUAUAGGGACUUUUUUCUUUUUGUUGCUUUUGUACAUUGUCAUUUGGAGUCCUGCUGGACAGAGGCGUAACGUGACAAUGGUUGAAAUGAAUCCCAGUUUACACUCAAGCAUGUGAUGAAUUAGAUCAGGGGGCUCAAUGUGAGUUCAGGGAGUUUCUUUUUACUCUGAAACACCUGGAAUUACAGAGAUGUCGGCACAGAAAAACAAGCAAUGCUAUUUAUGAACUUUGAUGGUGCUUUUUUUUUUUUUUUUUUUUUUUUUUUUUUUUUUUUACAUAAAUCCAAAUUGAAGGUGAAUUCAUUUAGUUUAUAACAAUGAUAAUGGUAAUGAUAUUUAUAAUGAUGAUCAUAUCAAUAAAAUGGAAUGAGAUUUUUUUUUCUGCCUGUUUUUACCUUUGUAUUUCAUUUGAUAAAGUGAAAAGUUUUGAUAUUCUCUUUAUCAGUGGAUUAACACAAAAACGUUAAAAAAAGCAAAAUACGAAAUGCAAAACUUAAGCCAACCACACGUCCCAAAAAUGAAAAAGAAAAACUUAGAUAUUAAAUAUUUUCCAGAUAACAAAAACAGAUGUAACACCACAAAUAUUCUGAAGGAAAUUCUGUUUGAGUAAUUAACCAAAAAAAAACAUGGACGCAACCAAACAAACCUACUUGGCAUUGAACUGUUUCUGAAUCUGAACUUUUGGAAAUAGAAUACUUUUAGUUUUUACAAUGUCUCAUAAUCAUUUCCUGUAUCCGUGCUUCCUUUUAGGCAAACAUUCUGCUUGUGUGGCUUUAAUUGAGUCCGUUUCCCAGCUCCAUGCUACAUGCUAAAACUACUGUGUUGUCAUUUGUAUGAUGUACUUUGCCUGUAAUUACCAUUGUGCGCUUUAAAAGACAUGAUGGAACAUGGGGGCUAACUGUCACUCCCAUUUCUUACUGACAUGUUUCUAAGUUUGUGAUGAAAGAGUCUGGCAGACAUUGUUUGUUUGGGAUGAUUUCAUCAUUCCUGUUCAUUUCGUUUCAGCCUGAGCUGUUGCCAGAUAAACAUCUGCUAUUUUUGCCAUUUC